AUGCAGACGUCUCGUUGCGCAUCAAUUCCUCCAGCUCCAAUUCUGUUUCGUCAGCUGCUGUUCUUGCUACGCUUCGGAUUCAGAGCAGUCAGAAAUGUCAAACUCUUUCUCGAGACUCUGCCAGAGGAACUUCCGCUGUGCAUUUCAGCUCGACAUCCAAAGUCACCUCACACCAUUUUGAGGCGGCAAAACGGUGUAAAGGGAUUCAAUAGUGCGAUAGGUUCCAUAUCAAGGAAGGAGAGAAGAAAGCUUGGAAAUUAUAGGUCGGUGGUCGAAUGA